GGUUAGUAGCCAAUUUUGACAUCUGACAACGAACAAAAGUCUAAAAUUUUAGGGUUAUUUUAAAAUUUGGCUACAUUACUAAAAUAAUAAUUCUCAUCAAUACAAUUACAAGGAAACUUCUAGUUCAGUUCACCAAAAAUUACUGUUAAUAAUGUGUAUCAGACGGCACUAAAGAUCCAUAUUACAGGAGAUUAUUUGAUAGAAAAUAGCCACAAAUCAAUCUUAAGAAAGAUGUCUAAUAGCAAUAAAAAUGAUGGUCAUGAAAAACCUGGUGAUGGAAUUAGAUCAAUGCGAUCCUCAACUGCAUUUCGUGUUAUUAACUUUGAGCUUUAUGCAAAACCUAAUAUAGUCAUUAUGAGUAUUGGACUGACAUGUUUCGGUCUUGCUCUUGGCUAUAUUACCUAUAUGAGACAUAAAUAUGAAUCAAUGGGCUAUUAUUCUGCAGUCAAUGAAGAAGGAAAAGAGACAUUUGAGAAAAAAAAAUCUAAAUGGGAUUAAAAGUUAUAAUUGUAGAAUGGAAAUAAAAACAAAUAGGAAGAACUAUUUAACCCUUUAACCGCCCGACUUCAUAUCUGUUGGCGUGCCCCCAGCACCCGGCACAGUGAAUCGAAACACAUAAUACAAUUUUCUAAAAAUAAUGUUAGUAAUUCUUCUAACUUUGGACAUUAUUUUUAAGACUUCUAAUUAAGAGGCUAAAGUGUAUUAAACUGUAAACGAUUACUUAGUUAACUAUUUACCUAAUGUAAACAUAUUUUUGAUAGAAUACAGCGUAAUUAAAUAAAAAAGCUGAUAAAACGAUCAGUGUUAUUUUGGUCGUAAAUAUACGACUCAGACGAAACGGGCCCGAAAAUAUUUGUCGGAUUAAUUCGACCUAGGCGGUUAAAGGGUUAAUGGUUAUGCUGUCAUGUACAUAGAUAGUGUUAAUAGUAGUAAUUAUAAAUAAAAUAAUAAAAAUAGUUUUGAAUAUUAUGAUAUAUUUAAUUAAUGUUAUUAAAAAUAAUAUGCUUAUUGUGUACUUGUUUCUUGGGGUAAUUGCAUGAAAUGAAAAUACUUAUUUUCAUAUAAGGUUGUUUGUUGGUUAUCUAUAUAUAUUUUGUAAAUAGUCUUGUAAAUUAUAUAUGUAUGUACUGUUAUACAUAUAUAAUUAAGUGUUGUUGUUUAGCGGUAGAAUAUCUGUGACGAGUGGGUGUUACCUACCCAGAUAGGCUUGCACAAAGCCUUACCACCACAUAAAGUAGUUAAAUGUAUUUUUGUCAAGAAUUCUCAGUAUCAGCUGGAAGUUAGGAAGUUAGCAGUAUUUACAUUUCCCUCUCUCAGAAAGCACUUUAAGCCUUCACAUUAUCUCGCUCCUUAAACCUUUUCAGUUAUUUUGGAUUUGCUGUCCAAAUUAUGAGAGUGAGGAAAUAAAAUGGGCACAUUUGUUUGUACACAUACUUGUACUUUAUAAUAUGACUUGUACAGUUCGAACUAGUCUCCUUUUAUAAUGGCCGCCAUGGCAAAAAUUGUUCAGGAGGGCUCAUCAUCAUUAUUAUAGAUUAUUAUUCAUAGAUGACCUGUAAGCCUAAAUAAGAUCUUCCAUUUACCUAAGUAUUUGUUUUUAUUCAUUUCAAAAUCAAAAUAGUUAUUUUACAGCAAAAUAUAAGCAAAAAUAUUACACACUUAAUAGAAUAGCUGGGUUGUUUGCUGAAAUAUCAUAUAUUACGUCACACCGCCUCAAUCAUUGACAAUGUGCCAUAGAACCACGGAGCCACGCCAGCCAAUCAUAGCCGAGGCACCAUUCCAACUACUGGAAGCCUCCGGUAGGGGGAAUAAAGUAUAUAUUGCCCUGCCAGUUCAUUUGUAGCCAGUAUUCUACUACUACCCGCAUCGUAUGCCGAACCACUGUCUGGUUGUAUACAAAGUAUGAUAGCUAUUAACUGCAACAAGUGUGAUCAUUAUGAUUGAUAAUGAAUAAUAAGUGUGAUUAUAC